UAGAUGGACAGGCAAGCACAUCAGAUGUCACUGUUUGGCAGCUGAUAAAAGUCAGUGGAGCUAUAAUACUAAGCACACAGCCACUAGAUUAGUCUGUGAGGGAAGGAGAUGUAUCUUCCUUCCCUUCAAUAGUGGGUUAAAUCCAGCUGGCACCCUCCGGAUCUACAGGAACACUAUUCUUCAAGAGAAGGCCACUCUACCAAAGCCAGAAACACAGAAUCCUCAAGAUCUCAACAAGGAGGAGCGGAUCAAGGUUGCUUCUGGUUCCUUGCGACCGUCAGUAAUUCCAGGCAUUCAGCCCCAAAUCCAGGACCCUGCUCUUCCAGGAAUAAAUCUUUAUAGUAAUAAUUCGCCUUCAUCGUCCAUCUACCAGCUAAGCAUGUUUAACUAUGAACGUCCAAAACACUUCAUCCAGUCCCAAAAUCCAUGUGGCUCCAGAUCACAGCCUCCUGGACCAGAAACCUCCAGCUUCUCUAGCCAGACCAAACAGUCUUCCAUUACCAUCCACCCUCGCCAGUGCACAGAGCAAAGAUUUUCUGCCUCCUCAACAAUGAGCUCUCACAUCACCAUGUCCUCCUCUGCCUUCCCUGCUUCUCCCCAGCAGCUUGCUGGCUCCAAUCAAGGCCAAAGGGUUACAGCCACCUAUAAUCAGUCCCCAGCCAGCUUCCUCAGCUCCAUACUACCAUCACAGCCUGAUUACAGCACCAGUAAAAUCCCUUCCACUGUGGACUCCAACUACCAACAAUCCUCAGUUGGCCAACCUGUAAAUGCUCACCCAUCCCAAACUGCAAAUGCGAAGGCAACACCAAGGACUCCUGACCAUGAAAUACAAGGAUCAAAAGAAGCUUUGAUUCAAGAUCUGGAGAGAAAGUUGAAAAGCAAGGACACCCUUCUUCAUAAUGGAAAUCAACGGUUAACAUAUGAGGAGAAGAUGGCUCGCAGAUUGCUGGGACCACAGAAUGCAGCUGCUGUGUUUCAAGCUCAAAAUGACAGUGAUACACAGUAUUCAACACAGCAGCAAAACUCAGAACAUGCACGACUACAAGUUCCUACAUCACAAGUAAGAAGCAGAUCAUCUUCCAGGGGAGAUGUGAAUGAUCAGGAUGCAAUCCAGGAGAAAUUUUACCCACCACGUUUCAUUCAAGUGCCAGAGAACAUAUCAAUUGACGAAGGAAGAUUCUGCAGAAUGGACUUCAAAGUGAGUGGACUGCCAGCUCCUGAUGUGUCAUGGUACCUGAAUGGAAGACCAGUUCAAUCAGAUGAUUUGCAUAAAAUGAUAGUGUCUGAGAAGGGCUUCCAUUCACUCAUCUUUGAAGUAGUCAGAGCUUCAGAUGCAGGAGCUUAUGUGUGUGUUGCCAAGAACAGAGCAGGAGAAGCCACCUUCACUGUGCAGCUUGAUGUCCUGGCAAAAGAACAUAAAAGAGCACCAAUGUUUAUCUUCAAGCCACAGAGCAAAAAAGUUUUUGAAGGAGAGUCAGUGAAAUUAGAAUGCCAGAUCUCAGCUAUACCGCCACCAAAACUCUUCUGGAAGAGAAAUAAUGAAAUGGUACACUUCAACACUGACCGAAUAAGCUUAUAUCAUGAUAAUGCUGGAAGAGUUACUUUACUGAUAAAAGAUGUAAAUAAGAAAGAUGCUGGGUGGUAUACUGUAUCUGCAGUUAAUGAAGCUGGGAUCACCACAUGCAACACAAGAUUAGAUGUUACAGCCCGUCCAAAUCAAACUCUUCCAGCUCCUAAGCAGUUACGUGUUCGACCAACUUUCAGCAAAUAUUUAGCACUGAACGGGAGAGGCUUGGAUGUGAAACAAGCUUUUAACCCAGAAGGAGAAUUUCAGCGUCUGGCAGCUCAAUCUGGACUCUAUGAAAGUGAAGAACUUUAAUAACUUAACACUGGAAAACACAAUUACACUAUUAGAAUAUAUUCAGUUACAUUUUUGAAAUAAACCCAUAGCUGUAUUAACAGAUUAUGGCUUUAAGUAGAUAAUAUAACUAAUAUACAUUUCUAAUAUUUAUCCUUUGACUCUUGCACAUUCUACUUCUCUGAUUUGUGAAGACUUCAGAAAAUCUGGGCAUAUGGAUUUGUAAUUGUAGAAGACUAUCUUAAAAUGUGAGAUCAUAACAUUUCAGUCGACACAUUUAACAAUUACAGGUUAUAAAUUAAUAUCAACUUUCUAAAAACAUCAAAUGCUUGAAACAAGGUUUACAGGUACUGCUUUCUACAUAUUCUUCCACCUGUUUUCUCUUGUAGGAAUACUAACACAGUACACAUUAUCUGAGUGCUCCAUAGUUUUAUGUCAAAAGAAUAAAAUUCAAAUAUUUAAA